UAUCAAAGUUACACUUAAAUCUAUUAUAUUUAUUACAGGCAUAUCCAUGUUUAUACGUAUUUCUCGUGACUGCGGUGUACUGGACUACCAACGCGGCUCAUCCAACUAUAAUAUCGUUAUCGUCGUUGGCUUUAUCUUCAAUCUUCGCAUUUUUCGGUGUUGAAAUAAUAACAUCGAUCUACGUAACUCGAGCAUUACUGGACUGCUUAGGAGUUAUGAUGAUAAAUGUCGCAAUCGAAUACUGCAAUGUUCACAAGAGAGCCGCUUUGAAAAUUAUCCUCAUGUUUGGUUGCUCACAUUACAGGCUCAGUUUUAUUCUAUUCUUUACUACGUUGGUGCUCUCCAUGUGGAUAUCUAACGUAAUCACAUGCGGCAUAAUGAUUCCCCUCGUUAGAUCCAUCCUCAUGGAACUGGAAAAGCUCGGCAUUAUCGAAGUGUAUGAAGUUAUAGACAAGGACAGAAGAUCAACGCAGAUAUACAAACCUACAUUGUUCACUUCAUUUUACUUUUUAGGUAUAGCAUAUUCUUCUUCAAUCGGUGGUAUGGCAACACUUUUCGGGAGUCGUACAAAUCAAAUAUUCAAGACUAUUUUCGAAACGACGUUUCCUACAGCACCAAAGAUCGAGUUCCCUCACUUUAUGCUGCUCAACCUUCCUGCUGCAUUAUUGUUAGAGACUCUUAUCUACUUGUGGUUGAACUUUUACUUCUUAGGAAUGUUCAGGUCCUAUCGCGACGCCUCAUUACAAAUGAGUAUGACUGAUGAAGAAACUCAAUACAUGAACACUUUGUUGUCCACCAGAUAUCAGCAAUUGGGCAAAAUAACAUUUCAUGAAGGGGUCGUAUCUGCAGUCAUAAUUCUGGCUGCAGCAUUACAAGUAACAAGUAAUACAUUGUUCACGGCGUAUUCAUACCACGAGUCGGUUAUGAGCCACAUCAAGCUUUCUGCACCAUCGAUGGUUUGCGUCGUGCUGUUGUUCAUCAUACCAAUAAAUCUGGAUUUCAUAAAAUUCUUCAAGAGACGGUCAGGUAAUUUGGAGCUUCUUCAGACAGCACCGAGUAAAACUUGUCUCAAUUGGAGUCUUGUGAAAGACAGUGUACCCUGGAGUGUGUUAUUCGUUAUCGGUAGCAGUAACACAGUAUUCGAAGCACUGGAACAAUCGAAGAUGACGCAAGAACUGGAAAGGUUUCUUCUACUUUUUACCAGUUGGUCAGCACCAGCAGCAGCGCUACUCGUUAUUGUUCUUUGUAAGACGCUAACUGAGUUCGCCUGCAACUCUAGUGUAGCACACGCGUUGUUACCUCAUAUCGCUAGAGUGUGUGUAAUCUCAAAAGUGAAUCCUCAAUAUUUAAUGUUGUCGGCGACUCUUGCGUUUGCUCUGCCCUUCCACUUGAUGACCGGCACGCCCGCCAAUGCUAUGGUACUCGCGUACGUUCAUCUCCCGCCGAAAAUUAUGUUGCUUGCAGGUUUCGGACCCUCAGUGAUAGCAGUCCUCUCAGUGUGGUUCACUGUCACCAUGUGGUCUAAAGCAAUAUGGCCUGACAUACUUCUCUUCCCAAAAUGGGCAGAAGUUAAUUUGCUUGAAUAAAAAAUAUUGUAAGCCAAUUUAUGUAACCCGCAUUAUAUUUCUUGUUAAAUAAAAAUACUACUGAAAUUAUUGUUUCUACUUCA